AUGAGCUUUCCUUCCCCUAACGAUCAUUACGCGAAGAUCAUUGCAUCUCCCCUCAUUCCCUCCGGACAAGAAGCUCCUGCCGUGGGGACCGAUGAAUCAUCACCUCCUGGCCCUCGUUCGCAGCCGCAUAGCCAGCCUAGCGGCACCACGCCACUCACGCAAGAUGAGCACAACAUCAGCUUUCCCCACAGGCCACAGCCCCCCCGCACAUCUCGGCCCCUUGCACGGGCUGGAUCUGGGCAAGCUUUGGACUUGGGGCGGUACCUUGCAUUCCUCUCCCAGAUUACCAUGUCAGAUUUCGAUCUCACAUUGCCCGUUUUGGCGGGGCAUUUCAUCUCAUUCUUGUCCUCGUCACCGGGUCAGGUCACGGCGAACGUCGUCUGGAUGAAGUUCAACCAGCCAAUGCACUCAAUUGGUAUCGGCAUUUUCAUAACAAGGUCCAAUCGAUGCCAAUUGACUGAACAUGGUGGUUUGAGCCUCGAUCAAGCAAAGAGCGGUUCCAGAUUGGUUCGCUUUGAGGUUACCCAAGCUCCAAGCUCCUGCAAAGAGCCGCUGCAUCUCGAACACCCGCCUGAUCACUUCCUCAAAGAACCUCUGCCCGGAGUGUUUGCUACGCUUCCUUCCCCUUGCUAUGCCGUUUUCCCACUAGCAUCAUCGAUCGAUCUGACUUCAUCCCUCCUCAACGACCGGAAGAAUACCUAA